AUGCGUUGUAAUUAUGUACCAAGGCUGGUGCCUCGCACUGACGACUACCAUGCCGGCAUGUAUAUUCGAAGGCAGAGGCUUUACCUUUCCACAAGGCCCUCCUGUUGCUUCGACCAAUUUGUGAAAGCGAGCGACUACACCUGCCAACUCAGCCUCGCGAAGGCAGCACAAUUGUACCGCCGUCCCUUCUCACAUGCAGUCUGUGCCUCGAACCAAGCGGACAAAGACAAUGUCGACGGCCAGAAUGAGAACAACGGCGACGGCGACGGCGACGGCGACAACGACGGUGACGGUGACGGCGACGGUGACGGUGACGGUGGCCGCUUUUACCGCCUAAACUUGACAAUACGCUUGCAUGGAUUGGUCCUGUCCCCGGGCCGGUCCGCUCGUCUGACCCUCGUCUCUGGAGUCCGAGCUCGACCCCCCGCUCCGGCCAGCAACCGGACACGUCAUGGCCAUCGCAACCCGAUCCUUCCUCCCCCUCCUCCUCCUCCUCCUCCUCCUCAUUCUCCUCCUCCUCGUCGGUCUCGGCGAGCUGACCGCCGUCCGAGGCCACAACAACUCGGUUGGCCUUCAGCUGUUGCCAUGGUUGCCCACGCCGGAGGUCGGCAUUGUGCGUCUUGGCUCCGUGGCGAAACGGGACCUCGGCGAACGGGUCGACUUUGGAGCGGAAACCGACGAUGCGACGACGUGGAGCGCACGUCCUCCAGCCUCGUCGCGGCGACACAGACACGAGUCCUUGCUCGCACAUGUCACCCUUCAACUCACCGACGACUUGACCCGACGCCAUGGCAACCAGGGCAGUUGUGGUGUGUGCUCACGCGUCUAUCGCCUCCUCAAGCGAACCGGCUUCGCGGACUCGGCCGACGAAUGUCGACGUCACCACGACUCGACGGUGGCCACGUUGGCGGACGUCUCGGACUUUUAUCAUUUGGUGAGUCGACACUCUGCCUCGUGCCGCCUCCAGACGGCAGCGAGGCACACACACAACACACACACACACACUUGCACCUCAGACUUGCGCAAGUGAGGUCACACUUACAAGCAGUCCACGAGGUCUGUGUGUCUAGCGAAUCCUUCUGUCGGCGCCAUCGGUCCCUUGUUUGCGAAAUAAAAACACAAAUACAAACACACACACACACACACACACACGGUACCAAUAGACGGGGUUUUGUUGACUUUGAGAGGCUGUACGAAUUGCCCGAGUGCAAGAGCAGCGUCGGACAACAAACACGCAAUCCCACCUUCCCCGUCCCAGUUGAUGUGUCACUUGGCAACAUGGGUCGGUUGACUUGGUACCUGUCGGGCGCCAAAGAAGCCGUUUCGCCGAGCAUGCCCCAAGCCGAGGCCGGCAAAGGCCGCCGUCGGUCCGCGGCGGCUGUUCCGGCUCGAACGCCACGUGACCGGACGGCCGAUCGGACAAGCGGCGCCUCUUUUUCCGGUUCACGAGGUAGUCGCCUCUCUCGUCUACAAAUUGGCGGCGUCUACAGGAUCGGAUGGGCAGGUCGGACUCUUUUGAACUGUUUAUCCCGUCGUUCUGUGCGGCCUGAAUUAUUGCUCGAACCUGCAAAGUGCAGAGAUGCCGUCCAGUUCAAAGGUCAAAGAUGGAGUCUUGUUGACUCAAAACCGCUGCCUCAUGACAAUGUCACGGUUCGAGCCCCGCCGGGGCUCUUGAGAGGAGGACAACUCUUGGCGAAGCAGGGCUUUGCAAAAUGGACUGGAAACAUCAGCUCUACGCACAGCGUCGUGGGAAAAUUCGACUACCACUCCUUCUUCACUCCACACGAAAUGGGCUGA